AUGAGUUCGAUGAAAAAUUUCAUUAGCCAUAAUUGUUAUGAGAGACAACAACAGCAGCAGAGAAGACUAUCGAGUUAUACAAUGGAUAGCAGGGGAUAUUUGAAGUCCUAUGGAUGGAUUGAAGGUGAAGCAUUAAGAAAGGGUGGAUUAAAGAAGCCAAUCUUGGUCAAAUAUAAGAAAGAUACGAAGGGUCUCGGACAUGCGCCUGGUAAUGAUGAUGGUGAUGCAUGGUGGGAACGAUUAUUUGAUGGUCAUUUAAAGAAUCUAAAUGUAGCCAGUGAUGAUACGGGAUCUGGGAUCACGUUUAAACAGCAUACUGUUGUUGCAACAAGUGUAUCGAAACAACUGUCUCCAUUGUAUAGAAGAUUUGUCAAAGGUGUGGGAUUGAAAGGAACGAUAGAUAACAAGGAGGUACGUCCUGUUGGAAAUGAAGUAGUUUCUAGUAUAUCCAAAAGUAGAAGUAAAAAGAGAAAGAGGGAUAAAGGUGAUGAUGAAGGAAGUAGUAAAAAGAAAAAGCAUAAAAAGAGUAGUAAAGAUAAGAAGAAGUCUAAAGACAAGAAGAAAUCUAAGAGCAAGAAGGACAAGAAGGAGAAUAGCAAGAAGAGGCAUCAUAAAGAGAAAAAAGAAAAAAACGCCAAAAAAGAAUCUAAAAAGAAAUCAACAUAA